AUGGCUAUUUGGGAUGAUUAUGCUUCCUCUCUCUUCUCCAGUCCCACCACCCUGUUGGGGGCUGUUGCUCUCCUGCUCGUCCUUUACCUUGUUUUCACUUGCUUCAGCUCCGAUGAAACAGGGAAGGAGCCCCCAGGGCCGAGGCCUCUGCCCCUGCUUGGAAACCUGUUGCAGCUCGAUCUCAAAAGACCCUACAAAACCCUCUAUGAGCUUUCAGAGAAAUAUGGAUCUGUAUUUACAGUUCACUUUGGAACCAAUAAAGUGGUGGUCCUGGCUGGAUACAAGGCAGUCAAAGAGGCUCUGGUCAGCUACGCAGAAGAGUUUGGAGACCGAAGCAUCUACCCUAUAUUUUAUGAUAUUAAUCAAGGUCACGGAAUUCUGUUUGCAAAUGGAGAAUCGUGGAAGGAGCUGAGACGUUUUGCCCUCACCACCCUGAGAGACUUCGGGAUGGGCAAAAGAGUAGCUGAGGAGAAAAUCUCCGAGGAAUGCCGCUAUCUGAUCCAAGUCUUCGAAAAGCAUAAAGGGAAACCAUUUGAUACAACGUGUCCGGUGAAUUAUGCGACGUCCAAUAUUAUCUCCUCUAUCGUGUACGGAAGCCGCUUUGAAUACAGUGACCCCCGAUUCAAGAACCUGGUGAGACGAGCACACGAGAACAUAUGCAUCAUAGGUUCUGCAUCAGUCCAGCUUUACAACAUGUUUCCCAGGCUUGUCAGCUGGAUAAAAAACCGGCAGCUGAUAUUAAAAAAUGUCAAAAUGACCGUCAGGGACAACAAAGAUUUAAUCAAGCAGCUGGAAGAGACACUGAACCCUCACACAUGCAGGGGCCUCGUGGACUGUUUCCUGAUUCGGAAGCAGAAGGAAGAGUCCUCCACCUCAUUCUCCCUGCUCUUGGCCCUCGUGGGCCUGCUCUUCCUCCAACUUCUUUACUCCAGCUUCAGCUCCCAAGAAAAUCGGAGGGACCCUCCGGGUCCUAAACCUCUUCCCCUGCUUGGUAACCUCCAUCAGUUGGAUCUCAACAGACUUUACAACUCACUUUUUGAUCUUUCCAAAAAACAUGGACCAGUGUUCACAGUCUACUUUGGACUUAAGAAGGUGGUUGUCCUGGCAGGAUACAGGACAGUCAAACAGGCUCUGGUCAACCAUGCGGAGGAGUUUGGAGACAGAGACAUCAAUCCCAUAUUCUAUGACUUCAACAAAGGAAAUGGCGUUUUAUUUGCCAAUGGUGAUUCGUGGAAAGAAAUGAGGCGUUUUGCUCUGAGUACACUGAGAGAGUUUGGGAUGGGCAAGAAGAUUAGUGAACAAAAAAUCAUUGAGGAAUGUCACCACCUGGCUGACGAAUUUCAACGACAUGAAGGCAAAGCCUUCAGCAACGCCAAAACAGUUACAUAUGCAGCUUCAAAUAUCAUAUCAGGUCUCAUGUUUGGGAGGAGGUUUGACUACAACGACCAUGACCUCCAAAGUCUAGUGGAAAGAGACCAUGAGGCCAUCCGUCUGACAGGAUCAGCUUCCAUCAUGCUUUACAACAUUUUCCCUUGGUUGGGCCCUUGUCUUAAGAACCGGAGGGAUUUGUUGAGGCUUGUGGAAGCCAAUAAAAUGGAAGCGAGAACGAAGAUAGCACAACUGAAUGAGACUCUAAACCCUGAGAUGUGCCGAUGCUUCAUUGAUGCAUUCCUGACCCGUAAGCAAAAUCUGAAGGAGUCAGGAAUUAAGGAUUCACACUACCACAACGACAACCUGCUCUACAGUGUCACAACUUUGUUUUCAGCUGGGACUGACACCACAGGAAGUACACUUCAGUGGUGUCUACUUUUAAUGGCCAAGUACCCUCAUAUUCAAGAACGAGUCCAGGAGGAGCUGAGCAGGGAAGUUGGAAGCCGCCAGAUACGAGUAGAGGACAGGAAGAACUUGCCGUACACCGACGCUGUUAUCCAUGAGACACAGAGAGUGGCCAACGUUGCCCCCAUGUCUGUUCCUCACAAAACCAGUCGAGACGUCAACUUCCAGGGUUACUUUAUCAAAGAGGGAACUACAGUGUUUCCUCUUCUCACUUCUGUCCUGUAUGAUGAGAACGAAUGGGAGAGCCCACAAACUUUCAACCCUUCCCACUUCCUGGAUAGGGAGGGUAAAUUCGUCAGGAGAGAUGCCUUCAUGCCCUUUUCUGCCGGUCGCAGGGUGUGCCUCGGAGAGAGUCUGGCCAGAAUGGAGCUCUUCCUCUUCUUCACCUCCCUCCUUCAGCGCUUUCGUUUCACUCCUCCACCUGGAGUUACAGAGGAUGAGCUGGACCUGACACCAGCUGUGGGCUUCACCCUCAGCCCUUUGCCUCACGAGCUGUGUGCUGUCAGUCGCAAUGAGGAAGACAGCUGGGACUUCUUGAUUAUUGUGUUGUGUUUUUUAUGCCAUGGCGGGACUGGGAAUUCCCACGAUGCUGAUUGUGGUCACCCAUAAUGUGUUAGGGGACGUCUUGUGAUCAUUUUGUGUAGAGAUUAGACAGCAACUGGCUAUAGGGAACUGUUGCCCUCUCCUUGCAGUAUCUCCAGCCUUUUGAGGUUCAGGUAGCUUCUUCGCCACAUCACUCAGUGAAAAAGAUUUUCCAUGAAUGCAAAGGAGCACUCACUUUGUUGUUCUCAAUUCUCACCUCAAUUCUUUAAGGUGAUUAUAUAAAAUAUGAGUUAUACAGUUGUCCCUAACAUUUAUAAUACUAAUCAAUAGGUUUAAAUUGUUAUUUAAGUAUAUUAAAAAAUAUUAAAUAAAAUAUUAAAUAUAUAAAAUAUAAUAAUAAAAUAUUAAAAAAUGACAAAGUACCUGCUCAUAAUUUAUCAUUUUGUCUGUGUUCAUAGCCUAUGGUAAAGACAAAUCAUGACCACAUUUUUCCUAAAGCACUGUAAUCCCCUUCUUCUAUUGCUGUUUGUAUUUUCUUGAAAUGUACUUUGGAAAUAAAUUAAUUUUAAAAAUGCUACAGCGCAUGUUAAUAGUAAAAACAUGUAUUUAAAUAACUAUACUUAAGAACAUCC